GAAUAUACGGUUGUGGAUCACGCCUACGAUGCUGUCGUUGUUGGAGCUGGUGGGGCUGGUUUACGAGCUGCUAUGGGCCUGAGCGAAGCAGGUCAGAACGUUGCUGUGGUGACGAAGCUGUUCCCGACCCGAUCGCACACAGUUGCUGCUCAAGGAGGUGUAAAUGCAGCACUGGGCAAUAUGAAUCCGGACGAUUGGCGCUGGCAUUUCUACGAUACUGUUAAAGGUAGGUGA